UUUAUCAUUUAAACUGCAGUUAUCUUUUCGCGCGGUUGUCAAGCGCGUGCACAAACCCAACAAACAUAAAUAUAAUGGGUGGUAACUAUUCCGCUAUGGACCCGAUGGACGUAGCUGUCCCCGACUUAGAUAAAUUAUUCGAACGUGAUGGAUAUUUGAAACCAUACGAACGUGAAAUUCGCAGGCGAUAUGGGUGCUUCAAGGACCUAUGGGAACGCAUCGAGACCUGGGACGGAGGGUUAGAAGCGUUCACCACUGGAUAUAAAUAUUUCGGGCCGCAGUUCAACUCUGACGGAUCUGUUACUUGGCGGGAAUGGGCGCCGGGUGCUCACUCAUUGCAUCUGCAAGGAGAGUUCAAUGGCUGGAAUUCAAAAAGUCAUCCAUUCAAAAAGUUGGAGUAUGGGAAAUGGGAGUUGCAUAUCCCAGCUGAGGCGGGUGGUUACGCGUUAAAACAUGGAAGCCGUGUACAAAUUAUUGUCAACGAACAUCUAUACAGGGUGUCUCCUUGGGCGAGCUAUGUUAAACCAUUCGAGGGAUUUACUUACCAACAAUUUAUUUAUAAACCGGAACAGCCAUACCAGUUCAAACAUCCAAAAGUGGAUAGACCGAAAUCACUGCGUAUUUACGAGAGUCACGUCGGCAUCGCCACUCCAGAGGGCAGAGUGGGGACUUACACUGAAUUCAAAGACAACGUGCUACCUAGGAUAAAGAAGCAAGGCUACAAUGCGAUACAAUUAAUGGCUAUAAUGGAGCACGCGUACUACGCCUCCUUUGGAUAUCAAGUCACCAGUUUCUUCGCCACGAGCAGUCGUUACGGCACGCCGUGCGAGCUGAAGCAGCUGAUAGACCGCGCUCACGAGCUGGGGCUGUACGUGCUGCUGGACGUGGUGCACUCGCACGCCUCCAAGAACACGCUGGACGGACUCAACGAGUUCGAUGGCACCAACGCCUGCUACUUCCACGACGGCCCGCGCGGCACACACACACUCUGGGAUAGUAGACUGUUUAAUUACUCAGAAACCGAGGUGCUAAGAUUUCUGCUAUCGAAUCUGAGGUGGUAUCAAGAGGAGUACAUGUUUGAUGGAUUUAGGUUCGACGGCGUGACGUCAAUGUUGUACCACAGCCGCGGCAUCGGGCAGGGCUUCUCCGGACACUACGACGAGUACUACGGCCUCAACGUCGACACGGAGGCCCUCGUCUACCUCAUGCUGGCCAACGAGCUGGUGCACCGCCUGGACAGCCGGGCCAUCACCAUCGCUGAAGAUGUGUCAGGAAUGCCAGCAUCAGGUCGGCCAGUGCGCGAGGGCGGCACCGGCUUCGACUACCGGCUGGGCAUGGCCAUACCCGACAUGUGGAUCAAGCUGCUGAAGGAGGAACGCGACGAGGACUGGAAGAUGGGCCACAUCGUGCACACUCUUACCAACAGACGCUGGAUGGAGGGCACCGUCGCGUAUGCAGAGAGCCAUGACCAGGCGCUGGUGGGCGACAAGACGAUCGCGUUCUGGCUGAUGGACGCGGCCAUGUACAGCCACAUGAGCUCGCUGAGCGCGCCCAGCGCCGCCGUGGAGCGCGGCCUCGCGCUGCACUGCGCCAUCCGCCUCAUCACGCACGCGCUCGGCGGGGAGGCCUAUCUCAACUUUAUUGGCAAUGAAUUCGGUCACCCCGAAUGGCUGGACUUCCCGCGCGCUGGUAACAACUCCUCGUACCACUACGCGCGCCGCCAGUGGAACUUGGUGGACGACGACCUCCUCAAGUACAAGUUCCUGAACGAAUUCGACCGCGAUAUGAACAUGCUCGAAGAGAAAUACGGCUGGCUCAGAUCUGAUCCGGGUUUUGUAUCAUGCAAACAUGAAGGUGACAAAGUAAUUGCAUUUGAGAGGGCUGGUCUUCUAUUUGUCUUCAAUUUCCAUCCAUCGCAGAGUUUCACAGACUACAGGGUCGGUGUGAAUGUGCCAGGGAAAUACCAAGCGGUGCUAUGUUCUGAUAGUAAGAAGUAUGGUGGAUUCGGACGGAUAGAGCCAGAAGGGGAAUUCCAUUUCACACAAAAUAUACCCUGGGGCAAUCGUAAUGAUUCAAUACAGGUCUAUAUCCCCUGCCGCACAGCUAUUGUCUAUGCUCGAAGUGAUUAAAUUUCCUUUCAUUAACAACAAGUGAUAUGUUCAUCAUAUUUUUGCUCAAUUUUAUUUUGCUGUACUUGUGCUUGCCAUAUAAAAGUGUAGUUGUUACAUUUAUAUA